AUGCCCCUCAAUGACCAAAUUGAAGAGAUGCCCAGUCAAUCUGUAUUAAACGAGCAAGUAACCACUAGGGCAACGCCGGACCUUCUCAUCAAUACAACCCCUCCAACGGACAUGGAAAUAUGUAAAGGAAAACACACGGAUAAACCUGAAGCUAGAACAAAGGACACAACCAACCCUACAAAGAGGAUGACCUUCCUGGACACCUUGGUAGUGGGUAAUACUGCAAAUAAUGAGCCAGAAGGAAGCCAAGUUACAGUCCAACAAAACAUGAUCUCCUAUGAACAAGAAAAUGAAACUAAUAACUACCCUAACCCGGAGUUUUUCAUCCUCAUUACCUCAUCGGAUAAGGAACGUAUAUACAAGAACUGGACCAACGCUCUUAUUAUCAAAAUGCUCGGCAAGAGAGUUGGUUACCAAUUUCUCCAAAAAAAGCUUCGCGCAAUAUGGAAACCAACUGAAACCCUAUCCCUAGUGGACCUAGGACGUGACUACUACUUAAUAAAAUUUGCUAAAGAGGAAAAUUAUAACAAGACACUUCAUGAAGGACCAUGGUUCAUAGGGAACCAAUCUCUCACAGUAAGAAAAUGGGAGCCUAGAUUCGUAGCUUCCAAAGCUGCAUUAACUUACUCAGCCAUAUGGGCAAGACUCCCGGAAUUAUCCACUGAAUUCUACGACUACGAUAUUCUUUAA